CCGGUAAUUUUUUUAGAUCAGUUAUCAUGCUGCAGCAUCAAUCAUAAUUUGUUGUAGUCUACACCCUCCAUCAGCAUCAGUAUCAAGGUCACAGGGAAACAGGACACCUCUCCCAGAGAAGAAGUGUCACGAUGGGCAGCCACACCGGUCACUCUUUGACCCCUGACCUCUCGGAGGUGCAUGGUAACAGAGGUCGCCACCCCGGAGAGGCUUCUCUUUCUCCUCCAGUGGGAGCAGGUGUUGCAAAAGGACUGACCUCUUGAAGAGAAUGAAAGGGCUGUUUGAUUAUUUACUGGAGUUGAAUGUGCCACACGUGCCUCUCUCCCUAGAGAUGAGGAAGACACUGCCAACAUAGACACUGCCAACACUGCAACUCAAUUAAACAAACCUAAUAAUCACAUAUGGCCUGCUUAUCAUUUAUUAUAUACUGCAUGAACAACAGGCUUAAAAACAUAUUAUUAUCUUAGUAUAUAUUGAAUGUAUACAUGUGCAUCUGUUUGAAUUUAAAGUAUUCAUGACAAGGUUUCAUGUCAAUGCUCUCUGUUACCGCUCACUGACAAACUUCUCUCACCAGGAAAGAGGGGAUAGAAGGUGAAAUGUGGACCUCUUCAGGGCCUGACUGUUCUCGACGCAGAACAAACAAACAUGUGCAAAGCAGUGGGUCUACAGAGCCGACCACCUGGAGUAGGAGACGAGUGGACGCGGACAUUGGCAUAGUACAGGACGAGUAGGACACGAAUCAGACAAGUGAAAACUAUUUCAGUGAGAGCCAGGCAGAGUUGAUGCUACACCAUGGAGUUCAGCAGGAUAGAGUUCUUCCAGGAGCUAGGGGAGAGCUGUGUGCUCCCUACGGCACAGCAGGGAGUGGAACAGGUCUGGCAGCUACUGCUCCUCUGCCUGCUCUGUCGACUCCUUUGUAGGCUGGUAGGUCUCUCGUCCUCUGUGAAACACUUGGGCUCAGUGUCAGCGGGUCUAUAUGCCCUCUACCUGUUCUUUGAGCAGUCCAUGGUGUGGGUGUUAAUGCUCAGUAUGCUCUGCUACACUGUCCUGUUCCUCAACCGCCACUCCAGUAGCCGAGGAAUCUUCCUCUCUGCCACUAUCCUCAUCUAUCUACUCAUGGGAGAGCUGCAUAUGAUUGACACAGUGACCUGGCAUAAAAUGAGAGGUUCUCAGAUGGUGGUGGCCAUGAAGGCCAUUUCUCUGGCCUUUGACCUGGACAGAGGCACUGUGCUCGCUGUGCCCAACCCUCUGGAGUUCACAGGCUACAUUCUCUUUGUGGGCACUGUCAUCUUUGGACCCUGGAUUAGCUACUCAAGCUACAAAGAGGCAAUUGAGAGCCGUAAACUAAGUUGGUCCUGGCUCCAGAAGUUUUCAGUCAGCUGGGUGAAAUGCCAGGUAUGCUUGGUGAUAUCCAACUGCAUCGCCCCAUACCUCUUUCCUUACUUCAUUCCAAUCCACGGGAGCAGAGGACUGCGCACGUGGCUCCAUGCGUAUGAGAAUGCUGUAUCCUUCCACUUCAGUAACUACUUUGUGGGCCACCUCAGCGAAAGUACUACUGUGCUGGCAGGAGCAGGUUUCACUGAAGACAAAGACAAUAUCAAAUGGGAUCUGAAAGUGGUUAAGCCUCUGAAUGUGGAGUUGCCCAGGUCCAUGGUGCUGGUGGUGACCUCCUGGAACAUCCCCAUGUCUCGCUGGCUCAACAUAUAUGUUUUCAAAAGUGCUUUGAAACUUGGCACAUUUUCUUCCAUCAUUGUGACUUACACAGCCAGUGCCCUGCUACAUGGCCUCAGCUUCCAUCUUGGGGCCGUGCUGCUGUCUCUGGGCUUCAUCACCUACGUGGAACAUGUUCUGAGGAAGAGGCUGGCAGCCAUCUUUAGUGCCUGUAUCCUGUCCAAACAGUGUCCCAACAAUUGCCAUCAUCAGCAGAAGAAGGAGCUGUGGGUGUAUGGCAUCAACCUGGCCUUCAGUGCCAUGGCCAUCUUCCACCUGACAUACCUGGGCUCCCUGUUUGACGCUGAAGUAGACAACUUAGCUGCAGAGGAGGGUUAUGUGGCCAACCACACCAUUCAGAAGUGGUCAGAGUUGAACUGGGCCAGCCACUGGCUGGUGUUCGGCAGCUGGCUCUUCUACCGCCUCAUUCAGUAAUCUCAUUGGGCGAAAGUCUGUACUGAACAGAAGACAAAAGCCUGGUCCAAAAAGAACAGAAGACAAAAGCCUGGUCCAAAAAGAACAGAAGACAAAAGCCUGGUCCAAAAAGAACCCUUAGUUCACAGGUGGGCCAUCUUACCUAGCAAGGUCUGGUGUGGGUAAAGACUUAGUGGACACGGAGUAGCAAAGUGUAGAGCCAGGACAAUUGUCCCACACCGUCAUGACUGGAAGAAUGCUGCAUUGUUUACCAGGGUCUUUCUGUAUUUGUUUGUUGUGGUGAACACUAACAAACCAGUCACACACAAGUUCAUUGCUAUGAUGCAUCACACUGUGGAGAUUGAGAACCAGAGGUAGGCUGAAGAUUUGUCAGUGGCUUCUGUAUAGACUACUGUUCAUCUUCAGGUCUUUUGGAGUUUGAUCACACACAAUCAUUAUGAAUAUUUAGGCUUCUGUGUAUAUCAGUAGCACUAUUAGCCUUCUCACACUGCAUUGUUCUUAGCCCCAGGCUAAGACUGGUCUAGCUUUUCCUGUGUUCAUACAAGCAUUUGUUAACCUGGGGCUAAGGUGCAGUGUGCCUUAAGUGAAUGUAUUAUGUUGGACCAUUGAUGUUAUAUAAUUAGGCACGGGGUGUGUGUGUUUUAUGGCCAGUAUACCACGGCUAACGGCUGUUCUUAUGCACGACGCAACGUGGAGUGCCUGGAUUCAGCCCUUGGCCGUGGUAUAUUGGCCAUAUACCACAAACCCUGAGGUGUCUUAUUGCUAUUAUAAACUGGUUACCAAUGUAAUUAGAGCAGUAAAAAUAAAUGUUUUGUCAUACCCGUGGUAUACGGUCUGAUAGCGGCUGUCAGCCAAUCAGCAUUCAGGGCUUGAACCACCCAGUUUAUAAUACACCCAGUUUAUAAUACAUGAUGUUCUCGAUGGAGGUACUUUAUUUCUACUUGUGUAUCUGUUUUUCUAUUAAAGACAUUUUAUUUCUA